AUGGUCCGCAACAUCGUCGUGCUUGGUGGCAACUCGCACCCGGAGCUGACCAAGAGCGUCUGCGAGAUCCUCGGCAUCCCGCCGUGCAACCGCAUCUUGACCAAAUUCUCUUCAGGCGAAAGUCGCUGCGAGAUCCAAGACUCGGUCCGUGGCAAGGAUGUCUACAUUAUCCAGACCGGCUUCGGCGGCAACGGCAGCCGUCUCAACGAUCAUUUCAUGGACCUGUGCAUCAUGAUCUCGGCCUGUAAGACCGGCUCGGCCCGCCGCGUCACUGCCGUGCUUCCUCUCUUCCCCUACUCGCGCCAGCCCGACCUCCCCUACAAGAAGACCGGUGCCCCGCUCUACAAGGCUCAGUCCGAGUCCGACAAGAAAAACUACACCUUUGACAGCGUGCCGGUGACCCCCGGCCCGGGCACGGCCCAGAGUACCGGCCUCAGCAACGGAGCUGAUCUGCUCAAAUCAGCCUUGACCAACGGCAACGGCCAUGCCAACGGCGAUGCCUACUUUGGUGGCCAGAGCAUUUACACAACACACGACUACGAGAAUGCCUCUCAUGUGGGCGCCUUCCAGGCCAAGCCCGGUUACAAGCAAUGGGUUGCCCAGGCCGGCACGUUGGUUGCCAACCUGCUAACCUGCGCCGGUGCUGAUCAUGUAAUCACCAUGGACUUGCAUGAUCCUCAAGUCCAGGGCUUCUUCGACGUCCCCGUCGACAACCUGUACGGCCGGCCGCUGCUUAAGCGGUACAUUCAGACACACAUCCCCAACUACAAGGAUGCCGUCAUCAUCAGCCCCGACGCGGGCGGCGCCAAGCGCGCGACGGCCAUCGCCGACAGCAUGGGCAUCGACUUUGCUCUGAUCCACAAGGUGCGCUCUCCCCCUCUGGCCCCCAUACAGGCUUACCAACACCCAUUGUUCUUCACACAGGAGCGCCGCCCGACCAAGAUCACAGACCGGCAGAAUGCCAGCAUGAUGCUGGUCGGCAACGUCACGGGCCGCGUGUGCAUCCUGAUCGACGACCUGGUCGACACGGGCAACACUAUCACGCGUGCGGCCAAGCUGCUCAAGAAGGAGGGCGCGACCACCAUUUAUGCGCUCAUCACGCACGGCGUGUUUAGCGGCGAUGCCAUCAACCGUAUCAAAGCUUCUGCCAUCGACAAGAUUGUCGUCACCAAUUCGGUUCCUCAAGACGAGCACAAGGAUCUGCUGGGUAAUAAGCUGGACGUGCUUGAUAUCUCACACAUUUUUGCCGAGGCGAUCCGCCGUGUCCACCAUGGCGAGAGUAUCAGCGUGCUGUUUAACCAUGAUUAG